UCAGGAGGUAAUCGAAGCAGCUGUCACGAUGCUGGGGUCCACGGUGUUGCGAAGAACAGCGCUGGCGCCGCGGCUCCUCCAGCUGCUUAGGUCCUCAUCGCUCCGGAGCCAUGGAGGUGCCUCCGGCCUGAGUGUAACCACUGGGGGCCGCGGGGAGCCGCAGUGGCUGAGGGCGGCCGUCGGGGGGCGCCCUGGAACAUCGCCGGCCUUACUCACCAGAGGAGGGGCAGCCACCGGGGGGCGCCAGGGAGGACGCACCGAGACCCAGUGCCUCGCAGCCGCCACCUGGGGACGCCUUCCUAUCCCCGAAGAAACACUCCCAGGACAGGACAGCUGGAAUGGUGUUCCCAGCAGGGCAGGACUGGGCUUGUGGGCCCUGGCCACGGCGCUGGUGGUUCACUGUUACAGCAAGAGCCCAUCCAACAAGGAUGCAGCCCUGAUGGAAGCUGCUCGCGCCAACAAUGUCCAAGAAGUCCGCAGGCUAUUGUCAGAAGGUGCAGAUGUCAAUGCAAGGCAUAGACUUGGCUGGACAGCACUCAUGGUGGCAGCCAUCAGCCGAAACGACAGUGUGGUGCAGGUUCUGCUUGCUGCUGGUGCUGACCCAAACCUUGGGGAUGAUUUCAGCAGUGUUUACAAGACUGCCAAGGAGCAGGGAAUCCAUUCUUUGGAAGUCCUGAUCACCAGAGAAGAUGACUUCAACAACCGGCUGAACAACCGCGCCAGCUUCAAGGGCUGCACAGCCCUGCACUACGCUGUCCUUGCCGAUGACUACCGCACUGUCAAGGAGCUGCUUGAUGGAGGAGCCAACCCCCUGCAGAGGAAUGAAAUGGGACACACACCCUUGGAUUACGCCCGAGAAGGGGAGGUGAUGAAGCUCCUAAGGACUUCUGAGGCCAAGUACCAGGAGAAGCAGCGCAAGCGGGAGGCUGAGGAGCGGCGUCGCUUUCCCCUGGAGCAGCGGCUGAAGGAGCACAUCAUUGGCCAGGAAAGUGCCAUCGCCACAGUGGGUGCUGCGAUCCGGAGGAAGGAGAAUGGCUGGUACGACGAAGAACACCCUCUGGUCUUCCUCUUCUUGGGAUCAUCUGGAAUAGGAAAAACAGAGCUGGCCAAGCAGACAGCCAAAUAUAUGCACAAAGAUGCCAAAAAGGGCUUCAUCAGGCUGGACAUGUCUGAGUUCCAGGAGCGGCAUGAGGUGGCCAAGUUUAUCGGGUCCCCACCAGGCUACAUUGGCCACGAGGAGGGUGGCCAGCUGACCAAGAAGCUGAAGCAGUGCCCCAACGCUGUGGUGCUCUUUGAUGAGGUGGACAAGGCCCAUCCAGAUGUGCUCACCAUCAUGCUGCAGCUGUUUGAUGAGGGCCGGCUGACUGAUGGAAAAGGGAAGACCAUCGACUGCAAGGAUGCCAUCUUCAUCAUGACCUCCAAUGUGGCCAGCGAUGAGAUCGCACAGCACGCACUGCAGCUGAGGCAGGAAGCUUUGGAGAUGAGCCAUAACCGUAUCGCCGAGAACCUUGGGGACGUCCAGAUUAAUGACAAGAUCACUAUCUCAAAGAACUUCAAGGAGAAUGUGAUUCGCCCCAUCCUAAAAGCUCAUUUCCGCAGGGAUGAGUUUCUGGGACGAAUCAAUGAGAUCGUCUACUUCCUCCCCUUCUGCCACUCGGAGCUCAUCCAGCUAGUCAACAAAGAACUGAACUUCUGGGCCAAGAGGGCCAAGCAAAGGCACAACAUCACACUGCUCUGGGACCGCGAGGUGGCAGACGUGUUGGUCGACGGCUACAAUGUACACUAUGGCGCCCGCUCCAUCAAGCAUGAGGUAGAGCGCCGUGUGGUGAACCAGCUGGCGGCUGCCUACGAGCAGGACCUUCUGCCGGGGGGCUGUACUCUGCGCAUCACUGUGGAGGACUCAGACAAGCAGCUACUCAAGAGCCCUGAACUGCCCUCCCCCAAGGCUGAGAAGCGUCCACCCAAGCUGCGGCUGGAGAUCAUCGACAAGGACAGCAAGACCCGCAAACUGGACAUCCGGGCACCACUACACCCUGAGAAGGUGUGCCACACCCUCUAGCAUCUACUUUACCUGCCUCUCCAUGCCCUCAACAUCCAAUAAAGGCCCCUCAGCUGUGGCAUGGGAACCGACCUAGCUUCCCCUCAUGCCUCUCGCUCUUCUCCACCCAGCCUAAGGCCUCUUACCUCCUCACAGCCCCUGGAGGACCCCUCCUCAGCCCCAAGUCGAAAGCAGGAAUUUUGCCCUCCCCUGGCCCCUUCAUCGUGGGCCCCAAACCUACUAACAAGUUUCCAGGAGAGGAACUGCCCUCCACCCCUUCAAGGCAGGGAGGGGACGGAGGUCCCUUAUCUCUGUCCUUCAGCAUGAUCCCCAAGCCCCACAGUCUCUGGAACUUUAUCAUGUUCCCUGGAAGCUCAGAACUAUGGCAGCUAAGAACAGAUCUGGCUGGAAGAAGAUGGGGACCAGGCUGUGACCUGCCACCCUUUGCUGGCCUUCAUGCAGCUGAGUCCCCAGAACAUCUCCACGGACAGUGGACGAAGAGUGCAGAGGCCCAGGCACAGAGGUUCUGCAGUUUAGGCCGUGGCUACCCCUUGCCCAUGCCCUAAAAUUCCAAGGGGAAGGGGCCCAUAGAACCCUUCCCCCUUCAACCGCCCUAUCAUAGCUACUGAUCCUCCUCACCCUUCGUGCUGGGGUCAGGCUAGACCAUGUUUCUCCAGCCUCGGAACUAGGCCAGCGUGGGCACCUCCAGGAGGAAGGCUGACUGCUCUACUCUGGGACUAAACAGCAGUACCAGAUGACCAAGCAAGCUCAGCUCUGGGGGGCCUCCUUCAGGAGACGGACAACAUAGAUGUUGGAGAGCUGUAGGGGGAGAGGUCGUGGGAUCAGGCUGUGCCCUGUCUGUACUGUCCCAGUUAAGUUAGCCUGGAAUAAACAGCACCAUGUGCA